UAUGUCCAGGCAUAAACUGGACAGACAUAGGUUUACCAGCCAAAUUUCUAGCUCUGUAAAAAAGGAAAUGUGGUCAAAUGUGGAGACUACAUUUAACGCCAAUAGUACAGGGCCCCACAGAAAAGGGAGUGACCUCGAGAAAAAAUGGGAGAACCUCACAUCUACACAAAGAGGCAUCUACCAGGAUCAUCAGCGUAUGCUGACAUUGACUGGCAGUCCUCCGUUUAAUUCAAAAUGCACAAUCCUCACUGAGGCUGUGAUGAACGUAAUUGGAAAAGAGGGAGUUGACAUAAUGGGUAUUGGACCCAGCAGCCUAGACACCUCUAUUUUGCAAUUGACUGAUAUGCGUGAUGAUGACCAGCAAGAUGCUGAAAUCAACAUGAGCAUGUGUACUUCAAGUGCUGCGAUGUCAAAAUCAGUUUCCUUUAAUCCGAAAAGAAGAUAUACACCAUCGAUGGCUGAGAAUGGCUAUAGAAGCGCAACUAUUUCUCCUCCAGACAAACCUUCACCAUCAUGUUGCAGUCAUUGCAGUCUACAUGAACAUAAUGCCUUGAAGAAGAGGAAGCUGGAGCUUCAAAUACAAUUGUUUGAGGCCCAGUUGGCGCGAUUUGAUGAGGAAUAGAUUAUUAUGUUAUUUGUUAUUAUUUUGUUAUGAAGAUAUAGUUUAGUUAUAUUAAAGAGUUACAUGAAA